GACAGUGCCAGUGAGUGGCUGGGUCUGAGUUCCACUAAUCAAUCAUGAACAAAUCAUGGCUGAGGGGAAGAGAAAAUGGCAAUGUGGCAUUAAAUUCCUGUACUCAACUGAUCGACUGAGCUGAUCGGUUCUUCUGUUUCUCGGGCCCUCAUCCUACCACUUUCAUCGCUCGACUUCCACAUACCAUCUCCAACCCACAGAGCUGAGUCCUUCGUUUCUCACAAUGUCCGCAUCCAAUCCCACACUUUCAGACAGCAAUCAACGUCCAUCCCAGUACUGUGACCCUAAAGCGUUUUUUGAUUUCAUUGGGCUUCCCGGGCCCACUUCCUACCCCACAGUCACGCCAGCAGAGGUUCGACAAGAGGCAUUAGUCCGGUCUUCCAAGAUUCUCGCAGACUAUGGGCUAUUAAACCGGCUGCUAGAUUGCUGUGAAGCCACAAUUCGCAAGCGAUGGCUUAAGAGAACGCGUGCACAACGCGCCAGGAUCCUGUCAAUAGUGUGGCCGAAUAUGCCUACCGUCCAUCGCCCGGACCUAGACUGUUGGUUGAAAGAUGGGGGGCAAAACCCUCAGGACAAAGGCGCCUUUAUGUGGCCUCAUAUCAACCAGGAGGAUCUCCUUAAUCCCAAGAUUCUGCCAAUCUUCUUGAACGCCCGUGGCCGGCAUCCCCCUUGUGCCUUCAUCACGGCCGACUAUGAGGCGGCUCGGCUUGGGGAGACGUGCGGCAUGAUCCGUCCUGCGUUUCUGAACGAACAUGUUAUGAUAUUCACCGGACGAACAACCCCGCAGAAGUAUGGUGAGUUGAUUAAUUGGUGUGAUCACGAAGACGCUUUCGACUUGCUUUUUACCCAGAAGGGGAUGCAUCCAGGAAUGGGUCUCAUAAGUCUGGAGAUCCAGGAACGCCUAUACACCUUUCUGGUCAACUGCUGUAUGCAGCUGCUUGAGGACACACACAUGGAGACUCUUCUGAGUGAUGAAACUUCAAUUCAACCGGAACCACCCGCCCUUUCAACAUCCCAGACGGGCAUGAAUCUCCAGGUGGUUGUGGCGGCCGAGGCCCCCUAUCGACUCCCCGCGGGUCUGGAUAUCAGACGCCUGCGGAGUAUCUUUAGUGCCAAGCGCGCCGCCGCCGAAGACCAUCUCUGGGCUCUGCGAGAGGACCCGGCUUAUUUUGCCGAUACGGUCCUGAACGAGAAGGAACACCGCCAGGAGUUGAUCCCUGACGCGCUAGGCCGACUGCACCAUCUAACGAAAUCACACAAGGUAUAUACGUUGUGGAAUCGAAUCCUUAACCGGGUGGUUUCUGAUGCCUAUUUUCUGCCGUGCUUCUGGAAUGAGAUCGAGCGCCAGCUUGCCGAUAUUGAAGCCCUGCUUUCGCAGCAUAAGCAAGACUUACAGCCCGAGAACGACCUUCCCAAAGACCUCGAGUGGGCCUUCUGCAGGCUGAUCCUAUUCUUGGAGAAGUUGGUUGAGGCGCCCCUUCGCACUCUCCAGACGGAGGCGCCGGCAUCCCUCCCUCUGCGUCCAUUCUUUGAACGUGUGGACACCGAGCUAGAGCUCAGUGGCACCAUAAUCAAUGUGGUUCCCAAAGCAAGCCUAGGCGUUGACAAACGACGUUGGCGUCUCUUCCGGCUACUCCAGGCUCUGUGGGACAAGAAUGCUAGCUUUUUGAUUGGUCUCCAUGUACUGGUCGAUGAAUUGGAGACUCUGAUUGAGAAGGAUAAGUUCACCAAAGGCCUGUUCUCGCCAAAUGUUCUGGACACAUUUUCCGGGCUAUCGGUCCUGUCUCUGUGUCAACGCCAAUUGAGCGGCUUCCAACCGUGGGCUGCGACAUUCGAGACCACCAUGGCCAAUCAGAAAGACAACCUGGAGAACGACUUUCGGGAAACUGUCAAGGACUGGAAACCGUACGCCAAGGUCGGUGAUGGCACUGAUCUGGCGGGCGUGGGGAACCCGACGGAUGGGCGAUUCUACUACCCAGUAGACAAGCGGCGCACGCGCGAGUCUACCGCCGCGAUGCAGCAAGCAGAAGCCAACUUGGACGCGUUCUGGAGACGCGUCGACACUCUCUACACUGACAACAACGGAUUGUCUCUGCAUGCCGCCGUCCGCAAUCUGCUCUCCAACGAGCGCAUUCUCGCCAGGACCCCCGACUGGGUCGACGAGCCCGCUCCACCAACAAGCUCCGACGCUUCCGAUACCGAAACGGGACAUCUCCCACUAUCACAAGUAUGCUUCGAGCUCGAGCGACGCACAAAACAAACCAUCCAGCCAGACCGUCCCAGCCUAGCCCACAGACCGAAGCCCAAAACCCGCGGGACCGCGCGUCUCUCCCACAGCACGGCUAUACCCGCCGACGAUGCAUCCAGCCAACACGGCCCCGACAUCCAGCCCACCUUCGCAGUAGACAAACGGGCUCUUAAAACUUUCUCCACGGUAUUCCAUGCGCCGAGCCGCACGUCCCAGCCCGGGGAGGUCGCUUGGACCGAUUUCCUGCACGCGAUGGCCUCCACGGGCUUCUCGGCGGAGAAGCUGUACGGAUCGAUCUGGCAGUUCACGCCGCGCGCGCUGGACACCGAGCGGGGGAUUCAGUUCCAUGAGCCACACCCGCGGGGGAAGCUCCCGUUCCGGAUGGCUCGGCGCCGGUCCAAAAUCCCACAUUUCCCCCAAGACCCCACCAAAGCUCUCUCCAUAGCAGGCGGACCACAAACAAACAUCUUCGACCGCCCCAUCGUCUCCUUCUCCAUCACCCUCCCCAACACCUCCUCAUCCACAUACCCCUUCCUAACCGGGGAGUCCCUAUCAUUCUUCACCAGCCUACUCACAGAAUACAAAUACCUAAACCGGUCCGGAAACCGCCGCGCAUACUCCUCAAGCUCGCUGCGCAAGAGCAAAUCCUCCUGGGUAUUAACGCCCCGCCAGCGAGGAGGUACACGUGCGGAAACUCGUUGGGUUUCCACGGGAAACCGCGGAGGGAGGUUAGGAAGCUUAUAA